AUGCUAUGGGUUUGUCUCAUCUGGUUAUCGUCCCCUGAGCCCGCGGGUUUUGGUUCACCAGGCGCCUGUUUACCCGAUGGUUCCUUCGCGAUGAUAUCCUCACAUUUUCGAUAUUUGAGCAGCUCAGGCUUUUUUCAAAUUACAAUGGCGACGGGCCGCAUGAACUUCACGCAGGUGAAGGCUAUAGACAUUAGCUGGGAUAUUCUCGUUGGCCGCGGUGGUCAAGCACUCAUCGCGUAUAUUUCAUGGCGCAUAUUUGCCAAAUAUGUCACGACCUCCAUGGAAGUUACACCUGUCACAUUUGGAACAUAUCGAACUGUAUUCCUACCGAAUGGUGGCCUCUUUUUUGCCAUUCUGACUACGAUUCGAGAUUUCGUAACGCGGCACGGUCUACAUUCAAAAAUAGCCAUGAUCUUCAUGAUAUAUACCAUGGUGUUUACAUUCGUAUAUCCGACCUUGGCUAGCGCAAUGACUGGUUAUAGCGCAAAUGUUGAAGCCAUCAUCAAUACUACAGCGGGUGAAUACGUGCCUUUUGGCUCGUUUGGCUUCGCAUACUUCGUCAUUCAUGACGGUUGGCGCAUCAAGGGUCUACAAGGCGAUUAUCUCGUAACAGGCAACACGACUGUCGCUGACGUACACAUGGACGCUGCGGAAUUCGGUCUCAACGGAGGGAAUAUGACAAACUCGACAUUCUGGGGAACCGAUCUAGGACCCCCUGUCCUCAACAUUUCAGCCCUCUCCUUAGAAAGAGUCACCGACCGCGGGCCUUCCGCAUAUUACGAGAACGAAGAGUUUCGUGUGAUCUACGAUGCUUCAGAACUCCUGUGGGAGUAUGAUAAUCAAACGUACAAUCUAGAUUAUCUGCAACGGAGCGGUAACUGCCAGGCCGUGUCGGACUACAACUGGGGAUUCUCGUAUGUCCAGCUCUUCAUCAUGAUAAUCUUCCACAUAACCUGGAGCUCUGGCCUUUACAUUAUGUGGCUGCGAGCCUACAUAAUCAUGAAGAAGCGCGGGCGGGGGAAAGAAGAUGUGGCAGGAGAACACAAAGCUGUUUUUGAACUUGCCGCUGCCAUGCGAGAGCAUAUUGGCGAGCCUGCAAAGGAAGAGGGCGGUGACGUGUCUGCGUUCACCGAAGCUAACCUGCGUCGACGAGUCACGAAAGACCUGCGCGGAGGAUCUAUCUCAUACACUAACCCACUACUUCCCAACGGGGACACUGGCCAUGAGUGGGAAACUAAAGCCUUGAUCAAGAGUCACAAGUUGUCUAUCAUGGCGAUGGUCGUGUGUAUUUUGGCGAUGGCAUUGAGCGCGGCUUAUCUGCCACGGACCACCAUGCUUCUCCUCCCGUUACCCGGCGUGUUGGCGCUCGCUCUGUACAUAGGGGCAACCAGGAAGAGUCGCGUUGUUCUUUUUGCAUGGAUCUAUUCGAUCGUCACGAUUCCAACGCAGCUCAUAAUAAUGCUGUACGCACGGUAA